UUUACAGUACGUGUGAAAAUAACAGCGUACACCAGUGAAACCAAAGGUCAUUUAAAGUAGAUUUUACAAAACACCGCGGUAGAUUGGGGCCUGUUCGUGUACUCGUACUCCGUCAUGACCAAUCGUUUCUGAGCCCCAUUUAUUUCUGCAGGGAAUGGGAAAUAGGUAUUUUGCUCAGGAUUUCAGCAAACUGUCAGACUGUUGAGUGAUUAUAUCAAACUAAGCAAAAUGGCUCAAAGUGGAGUAGGGAGUGUCGGGAAAAUGGAGGAAUUGAGCUUGGAAGAUGGAGUGCAAACAGACGAUGUGAAAUUGUCAUUAGUUGCUAUCAAUUUAUUGCUGAAUAAUGGCUUCAAAGAAUCGGAAGACAUAUUCAAUAAAUACAGGCACUACAGUCCACUGAUGAGUGCUGGAGCAAGUUUUGUACAGUUUAUGAAUGCCAUGAUGACCUUUGAAGAUGAUAAGAUGGAUAGUGCCAUGGAGUCACUCAAGGAGACAGAGAAGCUUUGUGCAACCAGUGAAGGUUUUAUGAAGUCACUGAAGUCAAAGGUCAUGCGUCGUAGCAACUCAUCCAACAAGCAAUUCACACAGCUAAGCUUUGAGGAUCGCAUCCAGAGGCAGAUUAUCAUGGCAGACUGUCAGCUGUAUUCUGCCAUGCUGACGUUCUCCCGUAGCGAUGUGUCCGGGUUCAUCAAAGGUGGCUGGCUGAUACGCAAAGGUUACAAGAUCUACGAGAAGGUGUACAAGGAGAUUACACAUAUCUACCAGCUACGAGGCAAGGAUAGCCCAGUCACGGGAACUCCCCCAACAAUGAUCGAUGAGAACUCUGACGUGGGACCCCCUGAGAAUGGUGAUGGUGAGGCACAUGAUGAGGUGGGCUUGGAAUCUGUGUCGGAUGCGGACUCAGAGAUGAGCGACCACUCUGACGUCUCUGAUGAGACGCUGGGCCGUUUGUGUGGGGGUGUGGCAUUUGGCUACGGACUCCUCCAGCUCUGCAUCUCCAUGAUGCCCCCCAGUCUACUGAAAGUGGUGAAUCUGCUGGGUUUCCGUGGCAAUAGGGAGUUUGGCCUGAAAUGUCUUCAGCUCGCUAGUCACAGCCAGGACAUGAAAGCACCGUUAGCCAUGUUGUCACUGUUGUGGUAUCACACCGUUGUCCGUCCUUUCUUCGGUCUGGAUGAUACCAACACGCAAACCUGCAUCCAGGAAGCGCAGUGUAUACUCAAGGAGAAUGAGGCUGAGUAUGCCAAGUCUGCUCUCGUCAUGUUCUACCAAGGCAGGGUGGAAAAACUCCAGAGGAAUAUCCACAAGGCAUUGGAGACCUACAACACGGCCCUGGAGGCAGCUAAGGACCAGCGAGAGAUUCAACUUAUCUGUGUCUACGAGAUUGGCUGGUGUAACCUCAUGAUGCUGAACAUGGAAGAGAGUAUGCUUGCAUUCGCUAGGAUGAAAGAAGAUUCUAAGUGGUCCAAGUGUUACUAUUCGUACUUGACAGCAGUAUGUCAGGGGGCAUUGGGGCAAGUUGAGACAGCCCAAGAGCUUUUCAGGGAGGUACCUGUCUUAGCAAAGAAGAAAAGCAGCCAUCAGCAGAUUGAAGCCUUCCUCGUCAGAAAGGCCCAAAAGUUCAAGAAGACCAUGCCAACCACUAAGCAGUGUGUGGUCAUGGCCAUAGAGGUGUUGUAUCUAUGGAGAGCACUGCCUAAUUGUAAUAAGGAAUGCCUUCUCAGUAUGUACAAAGCGUGUGAAGACAACAAGGACCAAAACUUGAAGGCGGUCACCUGUCUGCUGAAAGGCGAACUGGACAAACAGCUUGGCAACAGGGAAGAGGCAAUUAAGUGCUUUGAAGAUGCCAUGGUGUACGGAGCUGGCAAGAACCAGGAAUCCUACGCAGCUCCUCACGCCUGUGUAGAACUUGGCUCGUUACUCGUCAGUAAACCUCUGACGGCCAGCAAGGGGAAGUCUCUUCUUCUUCGAGCCAAGGACCACUACAAAGACUACGACUUUGAGCAGCGUCUUCACAUGCGUAUACAUGCUGCCAUGCAACGUCUCAAACAUAUUGAGUGAUCCAAGGCAUUUACCAAGCUAACCAUAACACGGCCAUUUACCAUAGCAAUAGAACCUUUAUUAGGUAUGGGACAUAUGAUUUUUGAAGUGCCACCUCGAUUUUGUAUUCUCUACUUUAUUUUGUGUCCAAAUCACUUUGCUGUGGCUACAAUGAUACAUUUUUCUAUGGGAAAUAGAUGUAGCCACUAGCCUGCAGCUGUCCUAGGCCUUAGUGGCUAAAUGGCAGCCUUUAUUGGCAUGUGGGGGUGUAUUGCCAGUCACGACAAAGGAAUCAGAUGUGGCCCUAGUCUAUGGCUUCUUUUCAAAUCUUGGAUAUGAACAAUAUGUCUUUGUUUUGAACUUCAGUUUAUAUUGUGCUCCCAAAUCAGGUUCAGGAAUUUGGUGUUUUAAAGGAAGAAAUGUACUCACAAAUUCGGUAGUGCAGUGCAUAAUAGAGGUUGUGCAUGGUAGUGAUCUUUCCGGUAUCUGCGUUUGUUACGGAGCGAUAGCACGAAAGGUCUACUCAUGUUUAUGUAUCCCUGUGGAACAAAAGCUCCUAUUGGAAAAAUGGCUGCCAUGCACAACCUGUAUUGGAUGUCUUUCAAUCUCAAAUUUGAACUGCAUUGAGCUUGAGAGAAAAAAUUUAUGUAACUGGAACCCAUUGAGAUAAUGAUGAGAUAUGCCCUCGCCAUGCUGAGAAUGAGGCUCCUUCAUUUCAGUAAACUGUCUUCACACUCCUGUGUGUUGAUUUUCCAUGGGGGGAGGGCAAGUCAGAUGGAAGGAGUUUGAAUAUCACUUGUACAGUGUAAACUGGCUUUGUUGUGUCAGCCUGUGUGGACACCUGUCCAUUGUGGUCAACUGUCAGAUAUUGCCACUUGUCCAGUGUGGCCACCUGUUCACUUUGGCCACCUGUCUGUUGUGGUCGUCUCUCCAUUACGAAGUGGCCACCUCUCUACUGUGGCCAUCUUUUCAUUGUGAUCAUCUGCUCACUAUGUCCACUUGUCCAUUGUAGCCACCUAUCCAUUAUGGCUUUCCCAUGUGAGGACCCUUGCCACAAACAUACUCGUAUCAAUUUGUUACUGUGGGCACCUAUCACUUUGGCUAGUUUUAGUGAUGUAUACUAUUUACAGUACCCAUUCUCCUGAUGGUGGCUACUAAAUUUGCCAUUUACGUACGUAUAUGUAGUCUGCUAGCGAUGGUAGCCACCUGUUGUGUCACAUUUUGAUGAAUUGCCCAAGUUUGGCAAAUUUAUUAUAACAAAAUCUCCCAAAAUGGCAAAAUUAUGGAGAGCAUUGUGGGAUGUUUUCUCUUGCGAUAGGAAACAGGUGCAAUGCAACAUUUUGGUCACAAACUUGUCAGGGCAGACGAUUACAGAUAAGAGUGGUUUCACUUUCCAUAUUAAUCAUGAUUGAACCAAAGUGGAUUUUGUAUCAGUAAUCGCUGUGUGACUUCUUUCAUUGACAAGCAAUGAUUUUGUAAAUUAAUCUCUAUAUAUUACUCUCUUGUAUCAAGUGUUCACUUAUUUAAAUUAGUCUUUGAUAUUGGUGUACAUUAGUUGAACAUUCCUAAUGUAAAAAAGAAUAAAAUUGGUAUACAUGGCUGUGUAAUAUAUUAUAACUGUUGCUUGAGGUGGGUAUAAAAUUUAGCGUGUAAUAAAAGAAAAGAUUUAUAAUUUUC